AGAGCCGAAAGCGUCUGUUCAUAUAUACACACAUACACCCAGAAUCAAUGCAAAGUCUAUUCCUCUCUUUACGUCUCUCUUCGUUUCUGGCGAUUCGAUUGGCUCGCCGGAGGAUUGAGUUACUGGACGGAGAGGGGGUCCCGGCGGCGGGUGGAACGAGCCUACUCUUCGGGGAGAUCUGAUAAUGUUGGAGUAGAGAACGGGGAAUUCAGGUUUGUGGGUAUCUUGUCUCGUUAAUUUUGAUGGCUAAUUUAAUGUGAAAAUUUUGAUUCGAGCUUAGGGUUUAAAUUCUGUGCAUUGAUGGAGGAGAGUGUGAGAUCAGGGGGCGUAGUGAAGAAGAAAAGCUCUUCUGGUUGUUUAAUUAUUAGGAAAAAGGAUGAUAGAGUUGGGGGAAUGGGAAUGGGAAUGGGAAUGGGAGGGAUCGGUCCUUCAGGAUCUUUUCAGAAGGAUAGGAAGAGACCCAGGAAGAUAAUGAUGAAUGAUUCAGAGUCUAGUGAUGAGUUGCCCGAACCGAAUUCCCAUAAUGGUUCAGUUAUGUAUAGGAGUGGGGUUGAGGACAAGGGAAUUUUUCGUAGGAAUGGGGAGAUUGAGAAUGAUCGGAAGAGGAAUAGAUUAGGGUUAGAGUUCAACGGGUAUAACGAAUUUGAUAGGAGGAAUGAGUAUCGAGAGGAGAGGUUGAGGAUGAUGGGAGGAAUGGGGAGUUUGAGGGAAUUUGAAAACGGGCCUGUUAGGGAUGUGAUGAUCGAGAAGAGGAAGCACUCGUAUUUUGAUAGUUCGGGUUCGAGUAAUAUGGUGAGUGCUAGGGCUAGAGGGGUCGAUUAUGGUGCUAAGAACAGGUACGAGCAGCAUGAGGAUGAAGUACAUUGUCCCAUCUCAUCGAUGAGGUUGAAGUAUCAGGAAGCAUCCGAUGAGCCAAUUAGGGUGCAGGGAAAAAAUGGGGUACUGAAGGUUAUGGUAAAUAAGAAAAAGAAGAUGGAUUUAUUGCAUAAUAAUGAAUUCAAGAAUGUUGAAAACCGGAAAGCUUCAAUGUCUCAUGUCAAGAAGGAGCCAAGAGUCCAGCCGGCACUUUUUGCUGACUAUAAACACUCUGACUUGCGACCUUUGCCCAUUGAGAGGGAGAAAAGUGAGCUGAAAUCUCAAAAACCGCUCCGGGAAGAAACUACUUCGACUGCAGAUUCAGAAACAGAUGGAGCUCGUACACCACAUAAAGUGGCACCGCUAAGUUCUGAGACUGGUUGCUCAGUGAAACGGGUAAAAGAGGAAGAAAUUAGACCCUCAGCUUCAGCCGCUGAAACUCUUUCGGCAGUCAACAAGGAUGGAAAAGUUAAACGCGGGGGAAGCACUGAAAAGCAGCAGCUACGCGAGAGAAUUAGGGGAAUGCUGAUUGAAGCUGGGUGGACUAUUGAUUAUAGACCAAGAAAGAACAGAGAUUACCUAGAUGCUGUGUAUAUUAGCCCCAGUGGAACGGCUUAUUGGUCAAUAAUUAAGGCUUAUGAUGCGUUUCAAAAACAUUUGGAGGGAGACACUGGUAAAAAUAAAUCUGAUGGUAUCUCUGCUCCAUUUGCUCCUUUGUCAGCAGAUUUAAUAAAUAAGCUAACAAGGCAAACUAGAAAGAAAAUUGAAAAAGAAAUGAAAAAGAAGAAAAAAGAUGAAAGUGCAAGUAGUAAGAAGAAGGCAUUAGUGAAAGAGCAUGCAGAAGGCACAGACAGUGAUCAGCAUGAUGAGAGACUUGAUAGCUAUAUAAAGAAGAAUGGUAAGCCACUUAAAGGCAAAUUUCAUGCAACCAAGCAAAAGAAUGAGGAUAAAAAAAAUUAUAAUGCCUCGGAAAGUGGGAGGCUUAAGCAAGACAUGGUUGUGAGGUCCACUACAGCACCUACGAGAAAUAUAAUCCUGGGGAAGAAAAGCCAAAUAAUUGGGAGGUGUACUCUGUUGGUCCGCAGUUUUGAGAAAGGAGAAAACCCUGAAAAUGAUGGUUAUGUUCCAUUUUCUGGAAAAAGAACUUUGUUGGCCUGGAUGAUAGACUCUGGGACAGUGAAACUGAGUGAAAAGGUUCAAUAUAUGAACCGUAGAAAAUCACGGGUAAAGCUAGAAGGUUGGAUCACGCGAGAUGGUAUUCACUGUGGUUGCUGUAGUAAAAUUCUUACAGUUUCCAAGUUUGAGCUCCAUGCAGGGAGCAAACUUCGCCAACCAUUUCAAAACAUUGUUUUAGAGUCUGGAGUUUCUCUAUUGCAGUGCCUUAUAGAUUCAUGGAAUAGGCAAAAGGAGUCCGAAUGCCGAGAUUUCUAUGCUCUAGGCAUUGAUGGCGAUGAUCCAGAUGAUGACACUUGUGGUGUCUGUGGUGACGGUGGGGAUCUGAUCUGUUGUGAUGGCUGUCCAUCAACUUUUCAUCAGACCUGUCUUGGUAUAGAGAUGCUUCCUCCUGGUGAUUGGCAUUGCCCAAAUUGUACAUGCAAAUUUUGUGGGGUUGCCAAUGGGAAUCUUGCUGAAGGCAAUGAGGAUGCUGAUGAGCUUUUAUUUUGCGACCUCUGUGAGAAAAAAUAUCACAAAUCAUGUGGACAAGAGGAGAAUGCUUUGCCUAUGAAUACCAAUAACGUUUCUACUUUUUGUAGCAAUACAUGCCAAGAGCUUUAUGAUCAUUUACAGAAGAUUCUUGGUGUCAAACAUGAAUUAGAGUCAGGAUUCUCAUGGUCUCUCAUCCAAAGAUCAGAAUUGGACUCUGAUACCUCACAUCGUACUUUUCCCCAAAGGGUUGAAAGCAAUUCUAAGUUGGCUCUCACAUUGUCUAUCAUGAAUGAGUGUUUUUUGCCCAUUGUGGAUCGAAGAAGCGAGAUCAACAUAAUUCAAAAUGUCGUUUAUAACUGCGGUUCAAAUUUCAGUCGUCUCAAUUAUCGUGGCUUCUACACAGCAAUCUUGGAAAGGGGUGAUGAAAUCAUCUCUGCUGCAUCUAUAAGGAUCCAUGGGACACAACUUGCAGAAAUGCCAUUUAUUGGGACUCGCUACAUAUAUAGGCGCCAAGGGAUGUGCCGACGGCUAUUGUCUAGUAUUGAGAUGGUCCUCUCUAGUCUAAGAGUAGAGAAAUUGAUCAUUCCUGCUAUAUCUGACAAUAUGAAUACCUGGACCUCUGUGUUUGGUUUCAAAAAACUAGAGGAAUCACACAAACAUGAAAUGAAAUCCAUGAAUAUGCUGGUGUUUCCAGGGACUGAUAUGUUACAGAAGCAGCUAGUGAUGCAAGAAGCAUCAGACGGCUUGAAAUCUGUUGAGCUUGGACUGGUAGAAAAACCCAGAAUUCGUUUGUCUGCCAAGCACAAGGGAGAUGUGUGCAAUGACAGUGAUUUGCGGGGCAUGAAACAGAAUCAUGCCGUGGGUGAAAGGAUGGGUUCGGGAUCUUCAGCUUCAGAUGUUCAUAUGCAUGACGUUAUGAUGGUUAGACCUCACAACAGUUCUUGCGUCUCUAGUACCAAAUUGUCCAGUAAGAAGACAUCAUCGACCAAAUCAGAUGGCGGGAAAAAGGUCUCUAAAUCCUCCACCACCUUAAAGCAUGCCUCUAUAUUAGGUGAAAAAGCAGACGAAUCUUCUUCCAGGAGUGCGGGAGAGGGAGCUAAUGAAAAUCCGAAUCAACUUUCUGUUUCGGGUAUUUGUGGCAAUAAGGAGGAGACUGUCUUACGAUCUAAUUCUGAAUCAGAUCACCGAGCUAAUUCAGAGGCUUCAUCUGAUGCAGAAAUGAUGCCUAUCAAUCGGGAUCUCUCGUCCUCAUUGGAGCCUUCUGGGAAACCAGACUUGAACCAAUCUCAUACGCCUGAUGACAUGAAAGGCGUGGAAGAUUUCUCAAGGAAAACUUCAUCCCAAAAUGCAGGCAACUCUAACAUGAACCGACAAAUCUCCCCAAAUGUGAAAAGUAACCUAACCAUGACUUCAGAACUCGAGUCUGAAACCAAAGGCCCCUUAGCCGAGGGGACUGUCCCUGGUGCCAUGCCCGGAGUUUCUGCUCAGUGUUGUGCGGAGGAAAUGAUGACUGAGAAAGAUAGUAAAAUGUGCUUCAAACAUGAUCUAAAUCUGCAAGCUGACAUGAUUAAGGAAUGAAAUUGUUGUAGCUCCAGCCUGAACUCUCCUUCCCAUUCAGUGUAAAUGUAAUGAAUAGAGUGAAGUAGUAGAUGCCUUUUGAUGAUGAAGUCAAUGCAGAAUCUGGUUAUUUUGAGCCAAUUCUUGAUUCC